GCGAAUAUACCAGAAAUAAUUGGCACACGAGUGCGAGUAUGUGAUGCAUCUUUGGUUGCGCCAACAAUACGUUGGACAACAACGUCGGUUCAACGCGUUCACAAAGGUGAAAAGGAAGGAGUCUUGGCCGAAGUGGGCCUUUGGAGUUUGGAUGUGUGAGCUUCGUUUGAUUCGAGACGUGUAGGAAUAGUAUGGAAAAUGGAGCUGCAGUUGGUGGACCUCUGUCUUCUCAGGCCAUUUCAGCGCCAUUGCGCAGCAAGUCUCCCGAAUUCUCCAGCUCGCCGCCCAACAAGCUGCACCGUUCGUCAUCGUCCGGUAGCUUGUCCACUUCCCCGCAGCAACACGGACAUGUAGGCAUUGGUGGUGGCGGUGUUGGGGGUGAGCAUGUCACAUCGCCACACAGCGCAGCUUCCUCUCCACCGUCACCAUUGUCAUCGCUACACUCGCAGCAUGUAUCGUAUCGCCGCACGUCCAGUCUUCCCGGUGACAAGGUUGUACCGCUGACUGAAGCCGAUGCUGCUGCCAUUCCCGUUGCUGCCACGACUACGGCUGCGCAAGCGGCGGCGGCGGCAGGAGCAGUGGCAGCGAUUUCGUCGGCUGGUAACGCUCAACACCGGCAGCUGGAGUAUGGCACGGCUCUCCCUCACGGCCAGAACCAGUUGGAGGAGUUCCAAGAGUAUUUGCGUCACUUGCAGAAGUUGCAGAGGCAAUGGAAGAAACUUGUACUGCGCGACCCGGCCUUGCAGAGACUUGAUGGCGGAGCUGCAGAGAGACUGCGCAUGCAGUUCAUGCAUGACCUCGUCCUCGGCCGUUCGACUGGUCCGACUGGUCCAAUGCCCCCUGCUGUUGACUCCCAGCUCCAGUUUCCAUUCCCGUUCUGGAUGACUGUGCCACGCUCGCUUCACACACCCUCACCGUCAAUGUACUCACAGGCACGCUUCGCCAACGACUUUGUCCGCAUCUCCUCCAUCGGACGUGGCGGCUUCGGCAAGGUCUAUCACGCACAGAACAGGGUCGACCACCAUCACUACGCUGUCAAACGUGUGAAGCUCAAGCACGUGGACAAGGAGAAGUGCAUGAAGGCAAUGAGAGAAGUUGAAGCAAUUGCAUCGUUGGACCACCCGAACAUUGUCCGCUACUAUUCUGCAUGGCUGGAACUGGAGACGUCAGGAGCAUCCCCAUCUCCUCCAGCACCAGCAGGUGCCGGCGGUGCACUAGCCAUUCUGCCUGCAGCAGCAGCAGCAGCAGCAGAAACAGGAACAUUCUGUCCCGUCAUGUCCAGUGGAGAAGUGUCUAGUGCAAGUGGACUGUGUUCAACGUAUGAUGAUUCUCGCCGUCAGGAAUUCGCCACAGGCUACGGUGCGCCAAGCUGGCCAGGGCAGCAGGAGCACCACCGUACGUUUAACUACCCCACAUCCCACCACCACCACCACGCUCAGCCUGGCAGUAGCAGCAGUGGCUUUGAGCGUGUUUCGUCUGGCAUGGUCAAUAUCCCGGCCAAGGGUGGACUGGAGUCGACCGAUUCACUCGACAUUCAGUUCCUCGCGGAGAGCGGUGGUUCGGCCAACUCCAUCUCCUCGCUGUCUAGUGGUACCAGCUCUUCUGAUAGUGUUACGUGUAGACUCAGUGAAGCAGACGACCGUGCCAGGAGCAGCGGCAGUUCAACAUCGUCAUCAUCGUCGUCGUCGUUGUUGUCGUCAACGCAGCAUAGCGACUGCGGAGGCUAUCAGUCUGAUGAAGAGGAUACGGACUAUGACGUUCAUGGCGAGGGCGCACACAAUGACGCCGUCCUCAUGGCGGGUGGUAUGCUCGGUUCGUCGCCCGAACGCCGCGGAGAGAUCGUGCUCAGCACGCGCAGCAGUCGGAGGCGCAACUCUCGACUCCAGUCCGCCAAUGCAGGUCCCGCUCUGGCCAGCGCUAUGCUGCCGUAUCGCAUUGCAGCAGGCGCUGCUGCUGGUACUGCUGCUGGUGCUACUGCGGUGGAUGCUGUCAUGGUGCCGGACGCAGUUGUUGAUGCCGGUGAUGUUGUCAACUUUGCGCUGGGCUCUUCAGAGGACACUGGAUCUGAAAUGACCACCGAUACAUCAGACCAGCAGCAGCAGCAGCAGCAUCAACAGCAAUACGUUGUCCUCUACAUCCAGAUGCAGCUAUGUCAGCUCAACUUGCUCAAUUGGCUAUGCCAACGUAACAGCAUUGUCAGUUCCAGCGGAGGCAUUCGCGUGGACGAAGCGGAAAGCUGGCGUCUGUUCAUGGAGAUUCUCGAGGGCGUCAACCACAUACACAGCCAUGGUCUAAUGCAUCGGGACCUCAAGCCUGCCAAUGUGUUCCUGUACGGCGCCAAGUGCACGGCGAAGAUCGGAGACUUUGGCCUGGCGCGCGAGGACGUUGUGCUGAGCGACUCCGACAACGACAUCGUAAUGACGCCGCUGGAAGAGCUCAACAGGCCACUGACGACGACGGCCACACCGGGGGGUGCCAGUUUGCGCGGCGGCCUUGCCGGUAGUCACGGUGGUAUGCACAGCCAGCCGACGUGUGGCGUUGGCACUAGCUCGUACGCUUCACCGGAGCAGCUAGAGGGCAGGUCGUACGACAGUAAGUCCGACAUGUUCAGCCUGGGAUUGAUACUGAUGGAGCUGUUCACGCCGUUCACCACCGCCAUGGAGCGCGCCAGCUGUAUGCGAGACGCUCGCAACGGGAAACUCCCCGUUGGCCUCCUGUCCAGAUUUCCCAAACAGGCCAGGCUUGUUCGUCAGCUGUUGUCGCAUGAGCCUCGCGACCGACCUGACUCGCACACCCUACUGAAGAGCAUCAAACAAGUACAGAGCGAUAGGUCCAUGAUUGAGCUCCAGCUGCAGGUUAUUGCAAAAGACAAAGAAAUCAAGAAUCUCACAAGCAAGCUGGAGCAGAUGUCCCGAGAGCUGAAGGAGCGAGAUGAGACUAUUGCCUCUCUGAGAGCCGGCAUCAAGCACUGACGUGUGUUGUACCAGCACGCCUUGAAGUUAAACUGAUCCGCUCCCAUUGCUAGAUAGCCUGAAGCAGAAAUACCUUUUGUCAAUCAUCUUGAAGGAAGACAUGACAUUUCACUGUGUCGUACGUGCAUACGCGUGGCACAUGUCUAGUUGAGGUCAACACAGUAUAUUUACACUCUAUUUUAUCCCGGCGUAUUGAGCAGGAGUGGACAUUCUCUUGAGACUUGUGACUUGUGGGUUAUAGCCCGCUCUUGAUGGGUGCUCCCACACACACCAAAGCUACAUUAUCGCCGUAUCCCCGUCCCCGCGGCAAACUACCUUGAAAUUUAUCACCCCACCCCACACUUUUAUAUACUAUUUCCCUCGCAAAAAUCUCAUGAAAUUCUCUGGUCUUGGUUUCUAUUCCUGGUUUUAUUCUCAUUUAGGGGUUGAUCUUUCAACCAUGGUUUCUCUACUCUCUUGUUUCCGGCUUUGACAGUCUUACUUUUUUUCUUUCUUUUUGCAGCAGUAUUGUUCCUUACGGCAAUGUUUUGUCUAGUUUUUACUCUUGUUGUUUCAAAUCUUUAUUCUCACGAUUGUUGUUGCUGUUGUUGUUGUUGUUGUUGUUGUUGUUGUUGUUGUCGCCGUUGUCGUUGUGUGCGCCCUGUUUUCUUGCUGCUGGCUUGCAAGCUAACUUCAACACGUGUAUACGUGCAUUCCCUGCUACAUGCUGACUUUCCGUUUGAACUCCUUUAUACCGUUUACAGUGUACUAAUGUUCUUACCAUA